AUGGGCGCGGCGGCCUCCGUCGAGCAGUGGCCGCCGCACGACCGCGAGCUCUGGGAGCGGAAGGGCCACCUCGUCGUGCGCGCCAACGGCGCCGUCGUCGACCUGUCGCCCCUGACGUGGUACGAGCGCGAGGCCGUCUCCGACGGCCACGUCGUCACGGCGCUGCGCCGCGACCUCGUCGAGCUCGUCCUCGACGACUGCUCGAGCCUCACGCGCGCGCUGCUGUCCGUCGUGGCCGCGUCGUGCCCGAAUCUGAGGAUCCUGCGGCUCGACGGCUGCGGCGACGUCGGCGUCGACGGCCUGCUCGCCGCCGCCGGCGGCUGCCCGCGGCUCGAGACGCUGAGCUGCGCACACUGGGGCCAGCUCACGUCCCGGUCGCUCGCGUCGCUCCACACGGCCGCGCCGCGGCUCACGUCGCUCGACGUGUCCCGCGCCGCGAACGUCGCCGCGCUCCCGGGCGAGCCCCUGGCCUCGCUGACGGCGCUGAGCGUCGCCGGCUGCGUGCGCCUCGCCGGCGUCGAGGCGCUGGCGGGCGCGGCGCACCUCCGGGCGCUCGACGUGUCGGGCUGCGCGACGCUCGCGGAUCUGUCGCCGCUCCGCCAUUUGCAGGGCAGGGCAAGAGAGCGAAAUUCCCAACUUCAAAGCCUCAUAUCUCGGCCGUUUUCCACUCGCCAUUUGGCGGACCUCGCGAGCCUCGACGCGUCGCGCUGCCCCGGCCUCGACGACGUCGCCCUCUUCCUCAUCGCGACGCACUGCCCCGGGCUGCGGCGGCUGGCCGCGCGGGGCUGCGGCCGGCUGACCUCCGUUCCCGCCGACCUCGCGGCGCUCGAAACGCUGGACGUCGGCGGCUGCGGCGCGCUCGCGGAGGUGCCCGCGCUCGGCGACGCGGUGUUCGUGGACGUCUCCGACUGCGGGGCGCUGCGGGACGUCGAUUCGCGCGGGCCGCUGGAGACGCUGGACGUCUCGGGCACGUCGCUCGCCGCCGCGGCGCUGUCGCGGCUGAAACGCCCGGAGCGCCUCCGCGCGCUGCGCUGCGCGUCGAGCGACGUCGCCGACGGGGCCCUCGCGCGCCUGCUCCCGACCUGCGCGGCCCUCGAGGCGCUGGACCUGUCGGGGAGCGACCGUUUGACGGACCACGGCCUCUCCGCCGUCGCGGCGUGCCACGGCCUCCUCGACCUCGACGUCUCCGGCUGCCCGGGCCUGAGCGACGUCGGCAUGAUCCAGCGCCCUGCGGCCGUGACGAUUGUCGCGAGCAUGAUCGUCCUCGGCGCGAGCUGCACGCGGCUUCGGCGCCUGAACGUCGCCAACUGCGCCGGGCUCUCGGGCCGCGCGUUGGCCGCGCUCCACUGCCCGGACCUCGAGGCGCUCGACGCCGCGGGGCUGCCCCUCGCCGACGACGCCCUCGACGACGUGCUCGCCGGCGCGCCGCGCCUGCGGGUGCUCGGGCUGCGGGGCUGCGGCGGGCUCACGGACGACGCGCUGUCGGCGAUCGCGGACCGGUGCCCGUCCUUGGUCGAGCUCGACGUCGCCAACUGCGGCUUCGCGGAGCUGCCCGUCGACUUCGGCGACCGCCUCGCGACGCUCGAGAAGUGCAACUUGAGCGGCAACGAGUUCGCCGUGCUUGUGCGGUCCGUCGCGAAGCUCCACUGCCGCGACGAGGACCUCGACCUCUCGGACAACCCGUGGACGCGGCCGCCCGCGGACGUCGUCGACGAGGGCAUGGACGCCGUCAACGACCACUUCGACGACAUCUUCGGGGCGAACGACGAGUCGGACCGCUGGCCGCCCAUCGGCUACCCGGCGACGGAGUUCGGGCUCUCGAAGUUCCGCGACGCGGGCCGCCUGGGCCUCCACCGGGACGCGAUCCAGGCCGCGCCGCGGUCGCCCUUCUCUAUGAUCCUGCGGCGACGCCACGACUUCAGCCGCCCGCCAAGGCCGGACUAA